UAUGGAAAUAUAGAUAUCUCGUCCGAAAUCGGUCACUCGGCGCAACACUCAGCCUUUAGCCAUGCGCAGCUCAAAGCUGCUGGCUGCCUUCGGUUCCAAGGCUGAGACAGGGCCUGUAUGUUCAAUUGUCGCAGGAUCAUAUCGCACGAUACAGACUACUCCGAGUCAGGCUUUCACUAAGAUUCGAAAUGUGCAUCAAUUGAGAUCCUUUGCUUCUAAAUCAGUUUCCGAUGCGUCUCUCUUCCGUCAUAGUUCAAGAGCGAGUACUGCUCCAAUAUACCAACCACGUACGAGAUCUUCGAUAUUGUUCCAAGUUCGAUGCUUGUCCGUAUCGCAGAGAUUAAAUAACGCGCCGCCGCCAGCGACUCAGACUGAUCAAAAGGAAACCCGCAACGUCGCCCCGGUCAACCAGAACAAAGAUGAGGGAUUUGAGCUUUCCGAGAAGGCAGCUCAGGCGGCACAAAUCAAUUUGACAGCUAAGUUGGGAAGCCAUGGAAAAGACAAAGGGAAGAAACCUGCUUUUAACGAGAUAUGGCGGCUUUUGAAGAUUGCGCGACCUGAAGCCAAGUCGCUUGGUCUCGCUUUUUUUUUCCUUCUGAUUUCCUCUGGUAUUACUAUGUCUAUUCCGUUCUCGAUUGGCAAGAUCAUGGACUUGGCCACGAAAGGCGAUGAGGGAGAAGGUCUUUUUGGGAUGAGCAUGCCCAUGUUCUACGCUGCACUCGCUGGAAUCAUCUGCCUCGGAGCUGCCGCUAAUUACGGUCGAAUCAUUAUUCUUCGUAUUGUUGGUGAGCGUGUCGUGGCGAGACAACGCUCAAAAUUGUUCCGACGGACGUUUGUGCAAGAUGCCGAAUUCUUUGACGCUAACAGAGUCGGAGAUUUAAUCUCAAGAUUAAGCUCUGACACUCUGAUUGUCGGCAAAUCUAUCACUCAGAACCUUUCGGAUGGUCUUCGAUCUAUUGUGAGCUGCACUGCCGGUUUUGGAGCGAUGGCCUACGUCAGUUUAAAGCUGUCGAGUGUGCUCGCUCUUCUCCUUCCUCCUAUUGGUGUGGCAGCUUUCUUCUAUGGUCGUACUAUCCGCAACCUAAGCCGCAAGAUUCAAAAGAACUUAGGUACCUUGACCAAAAUCGCCGAGGAACGGCUCGGAAACGUGAAGACGAGUCAAGCUUUCGCGGCUGAAAUCUCAGAAGUCGGUCGAUACAACCACCAAGUUAAGAAAAUAUUCGAAUUAGGUCGGAAAGAGUCACUUAUCAGUGCUACCUUUUUCAGUUCGACCGGUCUCAUGGGUAAUAUGACAAUUCUCAUCCUCUUGUAUGUGGGUGGCGGCCUAGUCCAAUCUGGUGGGAUUACCCUCGGAGAGCUUACUUCCUUCCUCAUGUAUACUGUCUACGCUGGCUCAAGUCUUUUUGGGCUUUCGAACUUCUACUCUGAAAUUAUGAAGGGUGUUGGCGCAGCUAGCAGAUUAUUUGAGCUCCAAGACCGGGAACCUAAAAUAUCUCCUACAAAAGGAGAUCCAGUACAAAGUGCCCGAGGGCCUAUUCGCUUUGAAAACGUCACGUUCAGCUAUCCGACCCGACCUGCAGUGACCAUUUUCAAGGACCUCGAUUUUGAAAUUCCGCAAGGCUCUAAUGUUGCCAUUGUUGGACCCUCCGGCGGUGGUAAAUCGACAAUCGCAUCCCUUCUACUCCGCUUUUACAAUCCUGUUUCAGGUCGCAUACUUAUCAACGGAAAAGACAUCACAACAAUGAACGCCAAGGCUCUACGCCGCAAGAUUGGACUAGUAUCUCAAGAACCUGUGCUCUUCUCCGGUACCAUAGCAGAGAACAUUGCAUAUGGUGUGCCAGGAGCCACCAAGGCUGAGAUUGUGGCUGCUGCAAGACAGGCCAAUUGUCAAUUCAUCAGUGAUUUCCCAGCUGGGCUCGAAACGAACGUUGGACCACGUGGUGCUCAAUUAUCAGGCGGACAAAAACAGCGUAUUGCGAUUGCCAGAGCUCUUAUCAAAAACCCAGACAUACUCAUCCUUGACGAAGCAACAUCAGCACUUGACGCCGAGUCUGAGACUCUAGUCAAUAGUGCUCUUGCUGCCCUCUUACGGGGGAACAAUACGACUAUCAGUAUUGCCCACCGACUCUCAACCAUCAAACGCUCCGAUACGAUUAUUGUGCUAGGCAACGACGGCCGUGUAGCCGAGAUUGGGUCAUACAAAGACCUUAGCAGCCGUCCAGGCGGUGCAUUCACCAAACUCAUGGAAUGGCAAAUGACCGGUGGAGAUGUGGCACCUCCACCAAAUAGUCCGAAGAACAUAUCCUUCGAGGAACAAAUGGAGGAACUGGAACGUGAAGAACAGGAAGACGAGGGCGACGUCGAUAACGAUGAUGUUGAGAAUGAUGAAGAUGAGAAACGUCCCCCGCGAUGAGGGGGUCGUGACGUCUAAUGAUCCACGUUUCACCCUUUCUUGUGCCGAUUAUAGACAGUUUGACCUAUUAUCUUCAGAUUUUUCGUACCGACAAUAUCGAACAUCCCUACUCCCAUGUCAUUCAUAUUUCUAUUCUCCGAUACCCUUUUUCUGGGAAGCUCUUUCCCUCAUAUCUUUCUUGUUAUUAUUAUGUUCUUGUAAAAUUAGACCUCCCAUUUGAUAUAUAUUAUCACUUGUGGCAUACUU